AUGGACAACCCCCAACCAUCAUCAGAACAGCGCCAGUCCACCAGUCCAGAAGGAUCGCCGCCUAACUCUGAUAAGCCUUACCACUCAAAACGACCUCACAAAAAGUCGCGUGCUGGAUGUCGCAACUGUAAAGCUCGCAAGGUCAAAUGUGAUGAGGCCCGGCCAGUCUGUAAGUCUUGCAGACUGCGCAAGGCUGAUUGCGUAUACACGACUCCCGCAACCUCUACCUCUACUUCAUCCUCAUCAAAUGGGAGCGCUACAAACACUCCACCUCGCGCCUCUGCAGAAUACUCGCCGGCGCCCCAAAAAGCUUCUUCACCCGAUGUGGAAUCUAUCAGCGAGGAGAUCCUCGAAGAGGUUGGUUCCCUGACGGUACAGCCACUCUUUCGCCCUACCCCGAUGGACAGGAUGGAUAUGAAGCUACUCUGGUUUUACACCAGCUCGACGUGCACGUCUUUCUCUGUUGAUGAGGGCCCCCUAAACCCCAUCAACGAUGUUUUGAGGAAUAAGUUGGUCCAGGUCGCCUUUGAUAAUCCCUUUCUUAUGGACUCAUUGUUCGGUCUGGCAAGUCUUCACAUGCAAAGUCUUGAUUUGAAGCCUGAUGCUGCCCGCGCACUCACAUAUCGUGCUCGUUCAUUCGAAGGUUAUCGCAGGGCUGUGGAACAAGCACGCCCAGAGACGUUUCCUGCUCUUCUUGCAAAUUCCCUACUUCUCACUGCCCUCUCGUCUCAAAACUUCCGAGACGAAGACGCCAAAAAGCUUUACAUAAUAGAUUGGAUGAUUGUAUGGCGAGGUAUCGGCCUCGUUAUCGACCUGAUGGGUGUCGAGAAGCUUAUUGACUCAGGUCUCUACCCUCUCUUCAACCGGCCUUCUAUUGAUAUAGAGCAAGCUUCAGAACACAUCCCCGCUGUUCUUCUUCUGAUGCUCAACUCUAUAGAGCCUGGUGACCCAGACUAUCUUGAUGUCGAGACCUACUAUGGGACGCUUCAAUUUUUGGGCUCUCUGUAUCAGAACUUGCACAAUGGCUUUGGUCCUGUCAUGAUGCUGCGGAUUAUUACUUGGUUCACGUUUGUUCCUCGAAAUUUUGUGCAGUUCGUACGCGACUUGCGCCCUCGUGCUCUCAUAAUCCUCGCCUACUAUGCUGCCUUUCUCAAGCUCCCGACAGAAGUUUGGUGGAUGGCGAAUAUUGGUAAUCGCUCUUUGCAGGAUCUUUGCGAGUUUAUUGGCCCAGAAUGGCAACAAUACCUGCUCGUCCCACAUAUGGCACGUCUAGUUGAAGGGGAACUUGAAAUCGCAAGGGUGUUGUUUGAAGAUCCCAACUGGUCGCCCAGAGCUCCGAGCAAUCUUCGCUUAGAUCCUACGGCGGCUGUUACACUUGUUGAUGAGACAGGUAGACGUGUUGAGUGGCUUCCUGCUGAGAAAAGACUUGUGCUGAUGGAUGGAAAAGAGGAUAUCUCAACCAAAGCCAAGGCCACAGACAAAUGGAGGAGGGAUCUAAACGCCUCUUUCACAAAUACAUAG